AGAAGGUGGUGAAGGGAUUCCCUAAAAUCUUCUCUUUCUGUUUCCCCUGGUGGGGUCCGGUUGUGAGGGAAGAGAGAGGACCAGCUGACCCGGGGAGACUCGGGUGCCUCUGUGACAGAAGCCUUUUGAAUCUUCUCUUUCGAUCUCAUUCCGUCUUCGAAAUGGCGAACUUGAAGACGGAUUCUCCUCUCUCUCGUCGAAUCGUGCAUGCGUUUUUGGAUUUCUUGAAGUCUGUUGAACCUACUCCUGGUGUUGAUGUUGAAGCACUUGAGGUUGCUAGGGAGUGUUUGGAGGAGGCUUUUAAGGUCAAUCAAUCUUCUGUUGAUGAUCGGAUGGAACCCGGUUUUUUGAUUACUUUAUUCCAUUCACUGGAUAAAAAGAAACAUGUUACUGAAUCAGAUCUGGGUCAUGGAGCAUUUUCAUUGGACACACCAAGUACAUCGUCAUCACAGAUUACUGUUGAUGGAAGUACUGCAGAUGCAUUAAAAUCACAGAGUGAGAGUUGGACUGGAGAACAAUCUUCAGGGGUGUCCAAAGAUAAUCUUUUUGGACAAUUCAUUAGUGCGCUUGAAAAAAUCAACUUUUUAAAGAACGCACCUGAUGGGGACGAUGACCAGGUCCACCUGGAUAAAGUAUCAAAUUUGUUUCAUGGUGCUCUUCAGGAAAUCGAAGUGUCUGGAUGCCAGACAAUAAAUCAGAAGAAUCUUGCUGAGAUGCUCAAAACCCAAGGAAAUAGGGCCAUGCAGUCCAAGUUGUACUCGGAUGCCGUUGAGUUGUAUACUUGUGCCAUUGCAGUUUGUGGGAACAAUGCUGUGUAUUACUGUAACAGGGCAGCCGCUUACACAGAGAUCCAAAAAUAUACUGAAGCAAUCAGAGAUUGUCUAAAAUCCAUUGAAAUUGACCAAAAUUACAUCAAGGCAUACAGUCGUCUUGGCCUGGCUUACUAUGCACAAGGGAAUUACAGGGAUGCUAUCAACAAAGGAUUUAAGAAAGCCUUACAGCUGGAUCCAGAUAAUGAAUCCAUCAAAGAAAAUAUCCGGGUGGCCGAACAAAAAUUGAAGGAAGAGAUGCAAGGGACAUAUCAUGAGCAGGCUGCCGGUUCAACAUGGCAUUUUCAGCAGGGCUCAUGGAACCACGGCCCACCACCACCUGAUCACCAAGAGCCAGUAAACCGUGGGCCACCUCCGACUUUCACAGCUCCGGCUUUUAAUCCUGCUGAUUUGGCAAGCAUGCUUUUGAACCUAGCUGCGACUUCAUACCAGGAGCAAAGCCAACAGGCCCAAAACAAUCCCCAUGAUGGCAGUGACAGGGAGGACCAGGAAGGGAUGGAUGAGCCAGAAAUAACGAUAGAUGGGAACAUUACUCUGAAUUUUGGAGAGGAAUUACCUGAGGAGUUAUCAGGGGCCUGGAGAAAUGUCAUGGAUGUAUUAUCAGGAGCAACAAGACAUGAUCAUACACAAGGCAACAUGAACAAUGGUUCAGCACCAAACUGAUACAUUACAAUACAGAAUUAUGCACUGUGCAGAAAUAUAUAGACCAUCCUAUACUUUCAAUUGUUUAUAUCCCUACCCCCUUGUUUUAAUAGUCAAUAUUUUUAGGGCUAAACUUUCUGUUGAUAUAGAGGUUGUACCUUACGUUUUGAUACACUUAUUAACAAUAUUAUUCCACUA